UAAUUCAGUUACCUUAUUGUCAGAUACCAUUGUCAGAUACCAUUGAAUUCAGUAUUUUUCUAAGAAGUAUACAUAUACCAUCAUAUACAAACAUGUUAAAUUUGCAACUGAUGACCGAAAGGGAUCGCAGAGAAGCUGCAGCAAUAGAAAGAAGGAGAGCAUUGGAAGAAGAAAGGAAAAAGAGGAUAUUCAAUCCCCGAUCGAGGGUCAUUGGAGUCGAUGCAGAGAUUCUAAAAAUUCAGUGUGAAGAAAAGAGAAGGAAUGAUGAGGAGCAGCAGCGGAUAGAUAAAUUGUUCGAAGACCAGCUGAAGAAAGCUGAUAAAAUUGCAGUAGCUUUAGAACAAAAAGAAAAAGAGGAAAGAUGGAGGGUACAGCAGGAAAUAAACAAUUUCCGUAAAAAUUAUCAGAAACCAGAGGACAGAAGGGAAUUCGAUUUGAACGAUCCAGAGUUGAUAAAGAAACAAUUGCCUAGCAGAAUCAGAGAUGACGACCCGAGAUUGGGGAUUUCUUCUGCCCAAAAGUUUGAAGGAGAAGACUUAUCUAGUGAGCAGCGUGCCAAGGUCCAGAACGAGGAAAUUAGGUCAUGGCUCGAUCAGCAGAUGAGAGAAAAGGAAAGAGCAGAAAAAGAAAGGAAGGCUGCAGAAGAUGCUUAUAAGGCAGCGGUUAUUGCGCGCGAUCAAAGAGCCGUAGAGUUGGAUAUGAUGGAAAAAGACUGCAGGAAGAAGCUGCAAGAAGCUUGUUUGAGAUUCAACAAAGCCUUGGCAGACGAAAAGUGUAGUCAAAAAUCAGCUGAGAACCGACAAACAACAGACGAUAAUCUAGCAGAAAUCUGCAAUUUCCUCUCGAGCGAUCUAUUGACUGAGAAUCCAGAUGUUGCUCAAAGUAAUCUGGGUUUGGGAAGAGCGAUUGGGUUCCUCUACAAAGGCAUGACAAACGAACAGAGAAGGAAAGUUCGAGAGGACCAGUUGGCUCAAAUCGAAGAGAAAAGGAAACGAAAAGAAUUGGAGAAUAGGAUGAACGGAGAAAUGGACAACUACAUCAAUGGUAUACAAAGAACUAUUUCCCUUAUGGAUCGAGAAUCACAAAUCAAGCAAAGGGAACGUAACAGAAAUCUUGCUGAAGAGAAUAAGAAGAUGGCUGAGGAACAAAACAGCCACAAGAAGUUUCUGGAGAAAAUUGUCUAUGCGAAUGUACCUACUGAAGAGUUCUAUGAUCAGUUCAAUCGAUCUUCCAGAUGAAUAAUAAAUGAUUCCGCAUAA